AUGGGUACUUCACCAUGUUUCAAAAAGAAGAAAAAAGAGAUUGCGAAGAUAGGUCAUCGAUCAUAGAUAAGUGAUAAGAGCAUAAGAUUAAUACAUGAAGAUUUUGUAGAGCAAAUAGCGGAUGAUUAAGGGGAGAAGGAGGAAGAUAACAUAGUAUAUGAUUACAUAGAAGGGGAUUUGAUAUAGGAGGGAUGCAAUGUUUAUUGUGCAUUGAAUACAUUGAAUGGUUAGCUUUUGGCAUUCAAAAUAUUUAAAUUAAGUAUGCAGGAUGAUUUCAACAAUAUAAUUAAUUUCGUAGACUUGCUAACAAGGUUGGAAUUGAAGAAUGUGCAUAAAAUAAUAGGAUGGGAUUAUUCGAUAUAAAAUAAUGAAGAAGUUAAAGAUGAGAUAAGAAUUCUAAUGCCAUAUGAAAGUGGUGGUUCAAUAAGUUGGUUGUUGUAGAAGUUCAAUUCAUUUUCUAGUCAAUUGGCUCUAAUGUUUAUGAAGUAAAUAUUAUUAGGAUUGGAAUGUCUCCACAAUUCUGGAAUCCUCCAUAAGAAUUUAAAAACAUCCAACGUUUUAGUAGAUGGUGAAGCAAAUGCAAAGUUGAGUGAUAUCUACAUUUUGAAGGAUUAUAAAUUGUCACUCUAUAGUGCUCCUGAGUGUUUCAAGGGCUAAGAAUAUUGUGAAUAAUCUGAUUUGUGGAGUGCUGGUUGUAUCUUUAUUGAAAUGUUGACAAGGGUCUCGCCUUGGCAUCAUUUAUCUGUGAACAUCAAUCUCGAAUAGAUUAGGAUAUGCUUUGAUUAAGGAUGUAUAUAUUCUGAUUAAUAUACAAUAGAGUUAUUUCCAUAUAAAUAAAUCACUAAGAACGAAGAGAUUUUGUAAAUAUUCAAUUCAAUCUUUAAGAUCAAUCCCAAAGAGAGAGCAACAUCUACAGAGUUACUUAAUCAUUCUCUCUUUAGAAAUCUGGAAAGUGAACCCUUGAAAUCAGAAAUCAUUUCUACAAGAAGAUAGUUACAAAUUAGAAAUGAUGACAGAAAAUCAUAUAAAAUUUAGAAUAGCAAUGUUUCAAAUUCAAGUAUACGGCACUCUAUUCGAAGAAGUCACAAUCCCUAUUCUACUAAGUAUCAGCAUGUUCUAUAACAACUGAAAUCUAUUCACCUUGAUUUUAAGAACACAAAUAACCACUUUGAUAGUCAGCUAUUAUCUUAUAUUGACAUUUAGAAUGUCUUAUCAAAGAAGAUCUAAAUGGAAACUAAAUUAAAAGAGAUCAGCAUUCAAUAAGUUAAUCAAGAUAGAAAUAAUCGAUAGACUCGACCUAAGGAAAUAUCUUCAUUAAAUAGAUAUAAUUAGACUGGAGACUAUUCCUUUUCAAAGUAGAAUCAUCUAAGAAUUCCGAGUUUGAACAAAUCCUUAAAUAGUGAUUAUGAUAAAGUAUAGACUAUUAGAUAAGUUGAUCCUUCAAUUAGAAUCAAUGUUCUAAGAAAGAAUGCUGAUGAAAUCCAGAAAUUAGAGGAACUCAUGUUUUAAUAAUUCUACUUAGGUUAAGAUACUAAAAAUGAGGAUUAUUCUAAAUCUAAUUUGAAUGAUAUUGAAAAAAUGAUGAUGGAAUAAUUUCAAUCUUCACUAUUUAAAUCUUCUAUAUCUGAAUAAAAGCAAUAACCUGUUCAAUAACCAGUCUCAGUAAUCUCAGAGAUCAUUAAUUAAUAAUCUCCUAAUUAUUUUGAAAAGUUAAUGUAAGAUUAAUUCUUCUAAGAUAAUGAUUCUGAAGUUGAUGAAUUACAAUAAUUGGAAGAUUUGAUUAACCAAUAGUUUUAUUAAGAUUAUAAGUAAUAGGGUCCUAAAAAUGAAUAAUAAAAAAAGAUACAAGAGAAUAUAUCAAUUGUUGCCUUUGAUUAACUUAUUUAAUCUCCAAAAAUUAACACGAUAGAUGAUGAUUUCAUAAUAAUGUUAGAAUGA